GUCUUGCAUAUGCAGGAUCUGCAGAGGCCAUGGUAGACCCAGGUUUCCAGAAGCGACAGCUGCCUCCCAGGGAGCGACGAGAAGCCGCCAACAAGAGAAGUGCAACUUCUCUCGCCACGCCUGUGCCGUCCUCCAAAAGAAAACGUUCCAGCCAGCUUCGUGUCGAGAGUCCUGCUACCCAGUCACCCGUGCCAGAACCGCCCGUCGAAAAAGAUGUCCUCCCUACUAAGAUCACAUCCGGUCAACCUCUGCCUACCACAGCGCACCCACAAGAUACUCCUCUGUCCAGUCACGAGUAUCAGUCUAUUGCAGAAAGCGCCGUCUUAGCCACAUCACUACACCAGUCCCGUAUGCGAUGGCUCUGCGAUGGUGUUUUCAAAAAAUACUGGGUUAAGCCGGUGAAGAAGAAGGGAGUCGAGAUCCCAGCCGACAAUCCAGAUGUCAAAUCCAUGAACAAGCUGGGUGCUGCCACAAUCAUCAUUGAACCUCACACUUUCGAGGCUAUCUUCUAUACAGUUCGCGAUCCUGCUGCUCCACCAAUUCCAUUCCAGCGCCAUGCAAAUCAACAUACCACCAAAGCCCUCCUAUCCCCUCUUCCCAAGGCGUCGCCGAAGUAUCCUUCACAACCAGGUCCUUACCGGCCAAACCUUCCUCAACAACCCACCAAUAUCAAACCAAUCUCUGCUUCCAACCCCCUUCCUGUGGCCCCUCAACAACUACCACCAUCAAAGCUACCGAUGGCGCACCUUCAUCCAAGUCCAGUGGCCUUUACGCCCACCACGAAGCCGCCGACCGUGCCAGCGCCGGCACCAGCACCCGCAGCUCCAGGUCCAGCGCCUCCACCUGCUCCACAGGAUCUACACCCCCCUCCGACGCAGCAGUCCCAAGUGAUCAAUGGUCCAUAUGUGAACCCGACCCAGAAUCCAGUCAUCCCCUCGCAAACUACUGCUACGCCUGUAUCCCCGGGGCCGCCGCCCCCGAUGGGUCCCACUGGUCCAGUGUCAAAUUCGAGCCCGAAUUCUGCUGGCAUGCAACCACCAGUUGGUUCAGUACAAGCUCCUCCGGGUGCACAGCCUACACCGCAACAUCAGCAGCCCAUACCGCCGGUCUCUACGAAUUCAGCCUUGGGAUCUGCUCAGCAGGGGGGCGCGAAAUCAAAGCCCUCUGGUACAUGGCCACAAACACCGAAUUUGGCUCCAGUUGGCAAUCCCCCGACAGCGGAACAUGUUCCGAAAGCAGACAUGAGCCCAAAGCCUUUUGCUCCUCCGACACCGGCACCAGGGCCUCAAGAUAGUCGAACACCCACACCGAUAGACAAAUCAGCGAGCACUUCGAAUCGACCGGCAGGCACAGGGGAUCCGGUGAUCCAGAUGCUAGCCGCACGUGCAGCGUCGAGCCCUCGGUUGAAGGACUUGAUGAAAGUAGUGGCCACGUCCAAGGCAUCAUCGGAACAACUCAAAGAGUUCCAAAGCCACAUUGAUGAGAUUAAUGAUCUUAUUCGCAGGCAAGAGUCCGAUCGAACGAUCGUGAGAGACGACACACCGGCGCGGACAGGGCUAGGGGCACAUGGAUCGCCUCAGUUGGACCGUGCUAAUGAGGGCAAGCCCAACUCGCCAGCUCCGAUGCAAACAAGCACCCCCCAGCGAGCUCCGACACCACAGGCUCCUCCACCGACGAAUGUGAAGCCGCCACCAAUGCAUAAACCUCCUCCACCUCCCCCACGGCAGCAGCCGUCACCUUCUGGGAUGUCGGCGUUGCCUGGGGUUAUGCACACAUUCUCUCGGCCGCUUCCGGCGAAACCUUCAGGCAACGGCCCCGGACGACCCAGUUCGGCAUACAUGGGCUACUCGACACCGCCACGGCCCGAGCCAGUGGUGAAACACGUGAUUCUAGAGUUGACCAGUGCCCCGUCAGGGGCGCAAGGCCCAUGUCAAGAUCGCUGGUUGUUUCCCGAGUAUGCGGUCCUUGAAAUCCGGCCGUCUGGACUGGAAAUGGUGUGCUCAUUUCUGGUGGAGCGCAAGGGGUCGGAACUUGUGGGAGACAAGAAUGACGCAUCAGGCGAAGAAAGCGUCGAUGUGCGACCACGGUUUGACAAAGACAAAGAUUACUUCCAGCCAGUGACGAUGACGAUCAAGGUGACCAAUCACAAGACAAUUGCCACGAUUGCACAGGCGGCCAAACCACUGCCGGCCGUGCAGGAGUACCUCAAGCAAAUACUAGCCACCAAGGAACGGGCGCCAGUCGUGUACCUUGCACAUCAAUUGCCGCGUGAAGACGGCGGGACAAAAGAGGCUGACAAGGAGGCUGAGUCUGGAUUUGAGGACAGUGGAGUUGAGCUUGGGGCUGAUUCGGCUGGGGAAGAGCAAGAAGAGGAAGAAGAAGAAGAAAUCCGCGAUGUCUACGGGAUCGUAUGAGGAGUUGGCCGCGGACCCAGGCGAGGCAUGAGCAACAGCU